UAAAAAUUGAGCUCGGCCAGCAGCCUCCGAGGCUGCAAUCUUGGAUACACUUACCUGAGAGUAAGCCCCAUGGAACGCAGUGGGCUUGCCUCCUUUUGCAACUACUUGUCUUUAUAAAGGCGGGGCCGUUCCGGACUACCCAGCUCCGGCUUUUCCACCGUCCCGUACGCGUGAAGCGGACACAGGUUAGCGCGCGAUUCUUUUCCGUCCGUUCCCUCUGGGCUUUGCAGCGCGCUGCGACUGCAACAAGGCGUCGGUGGGCCGCCCCAAGGCUGCAGGAGAAAAGGGAAGCCGCUUGGAGGGGGCGACAGCGCGGCCCCAGCAUGGAAGCCGUUGCCCAGUACGACUUCCAAGCCAGCAACGCCGACGAGCUCAGCUUCCGACGGGGCGACAUCCUGAAGGUCUUGGAGAAAGAGUGUGAGCCCAGCUGGGCCAAGACGGAGCACAGGGGCCGCGAGGGCUUCGUCCCGCAGAACUACAUCGCCCUGAAGCCCCAUCCCUGGUUUUGGGGCAAGGUCCCGCGAGCGAUCGCCGAGCAGGUGCUGAGCGCGCAGGGCCUCGACGGCGCCUUCCUGGUCCGCCAGAGCCAAAGCGCUCCGGGCGGCUUCUCGCUCUCGGUCAAGUUCGGGCCCCGCGUGAAGCACUUCAGGGUCUUCCGAGACCUGGCCGGGCAAUACUUCCUCUGGACGGUCGCCUUCAACUCUCUCAACGAGCUGGUGCAGCACCACAGGUCAGCCUCCGUCUCCAGGUACCAAGAGGUUCUUCUCCGGGACAUGGAAGAGGUGGCUCUGCAGCCCACCUACGUCCGGGCGCUUUUUGACUUCCAGCCUCGAGAAGCCGACGAGCUGGGCUUUCUGCGUGGAGAUAUUAUCGAGGUCCUGGACGAGUCCGACCCCAACUGGUGGAAAGGAGCCUGCCGCAGGCGGAUGGGCAUGUUUCCACACAAUUAUGUGGCCCCAGUGAAGUGGAGCGGCUAGAGGCGGGAUGGGGCUCGGCUGUGGCCUUCCAGACGAUGUGGGACUUCAAUUCCCAUCAUCCCUGACCAUUGGCCAGGCUGCCUAGGGCUGAUGAGAGUUGGAGUCUGGCAACAUCUGGCGGGGGGGGGUCUCCACCGCUUAAAGAAAGCAUCAAAUGCACUCAAGAGUUUUCAUGGCAGCCUCAUUAUGGAAGUCCAUAAUGAGAUGUUCUGAAAGGAUUGGGGUGGUGGUGGAGAGGGACUUUUACCACCACCCCCUCUCCCAGGUUGCAGGGCUGUUUUGUGGAGUUCUGCACUAUAGCCACAAGGACAGCUGUUCAUCCCCCUCCCCGUUUAUGUGUGUGGUUGUGCAUAUUCUGGUAUUUACUUUUUUAUUGAGCUUUUUUUUUAAUAACAACAAAAGUUAAAAGGGCAGUCCAGCUCUUUUCAGGUGUUACUAAAUAAUAAUAAAUUUUUAUUUGUUAGUCGCCCAUCUGUCCGACUUAACGGACACUAUCUCAUGUGAGGUGGAUUGGGAGAGAUGUAGGUUUUAUUAUUAAAUAAAAAGGCCUCCAUCGACCAGAUGGCACUUUACAAAACA